AUGGGUAUCGAUCUGAUAGCGGGAGGUAAGAGCAAGAAGACCAAAAGGACUGCUCCAAAGUCCGAUGAUGUCUACCUCAAGCUUCUUGUCAAGCUAUACCGGUUUUUGGUAAGGAGAACCGGCAGCAAGUUCGAUGCUGUGAUCCUUAAGAGGCUUUUCAUGAGCAAAGUCAACAAAGCUCCUCUUUCACUCUCCAGGCUCGUCGAGUUCAUGAAUGGCAAGGAUGGUAAGAUUGCUGUGUUGGUUGGGACAAUAACUGACGAUUUGAGAGUGCAUGAGAUUCCUGCCAUGAAGGUUACUGCCUUGAGGUUUACUGAGAGGGCUAGGGCUAGGAUUGAGAAAGCUGGUGGAGAGUGCUUAACUUUUGAUCAGCUUGCUCUCAUUGCUCCCUUGGGACAGAACACGGUUCUCCUUAGAGGACCAAAGAACUCUCGUGAAGCAGUGAAGCACUUUGGUCCUGCUCCUGGUGUGCCACACAGCCACUCCAAGCCCUAUGUUAGGUCUAAGGGAAGGAAGUUCGAGAAAGCUAGAGGAAAGCGAAAGAGUCGUGGAUUCAAGGUCUAAGAAUAUCUCUCCGCUGUUUCAUUAUGGUUGCUUUCAUAAUGAAAGUUUUGGUAGAGAACUCUCGUUCGUCUUUUCCUGUUGCAGACAUUGUUUUAAGUUUUCUGUGUUACUAUUCUGAACGACAGUUAAAUGUUUUGCCUAAUACCUUUUUGAGUGUUUUUAUGCUACUAAGCGUCGUUCGAAAUUUUUCUAGUGACCACAGGAUCUCCAUAUUAU